CCAGCUGACUGCUCGCUCUCUCUCAGUGUGUGUGUAUGUGUAUGUGUGUGUGUUGUCAUUAUUAUUAUCCAGUCUGCUCCCAGCUCAGAAUGGCCAGAUUCACUCAGACUGAGACAAGAAGGGAGCAGCACCCACAGCCGCCCCAUCCCGCUUACUCCAGCCUGCUUUUCACUGGACCCGGGGCAGCACCGACCCAACAUCCACUCCUCCUAAUCCCGCACCAGCACCAGUACGCUCAGAUCCCAUUUCCUAAACCCAUGAACGGGUCAGAAUCCAUCUCCAUUCAUCCGGAGAACGGCACCAUGAAAGACCAAGAUGCCAUAAAACUCUUUAUCGGGCAAAUACCGCGGAACCUUGAGGAAAAAGACCUGAAACCAUUAUUCGAACAGUUUGGGAAAAUCCACGAAUUGACAGUAUUAAAGGACCGAUACACCGGCAUGCACAAAGGCUGCGCGUUCCUCACCUACUGCGCCCGCGAGUCGGCCAUCAAAGCCCAGAACGCCCUCCACGAACAGAAGACACUGCCGGGGAUGACUCGCCCCAUCCAGGUGAAGCCAGCUGACAGCGAGAGCCGUGGAGAAGACAGGAAGCUGUUCGUCGGGAUGCUGAACAAACAGCAGACGGAGGAGGACGUGUACCGUCUUUUCGAACCCUAUGGAGUCAUCGAGGAGUGCACUGUGCUAAGAGGUCCGGAUGGAAAUAGUAAAGGCUGCGCCUUUGUAAAGUUCUCUACACACGCCGAAGCUCAGUCCGCAAUCAGCGCCCUGCACGGCAGUCAAACCAUGCCAACUGGCUCCGAUUCUCUCCUCCCUCAGGGUGCGUCGUCCAGCCUGGUGGUCAAGUUUGCCGACACGGACAAGGAGCGCACCAUCCGCCGCAUGCAGCAGAUGGUGGGCCAGUUUGGCAUCUUCAACCCUGCCAUCGCCCUGCCCUUCAGCACCUACAGCACCUACGCACACGCGCUGAUGCAGCAGCAGGCGGCCCUCAUGGCUGCCAGUCACGGAGGCUACCUGGCGCCCAGCGUGGCCUUUCCCACCACCCAGAUCCACCAGAUGGGGGCGCUCAAUAUCAACAGCCUGCCGCCCACCCCCAUGACCCCGGUGUCGGGUGAGUUUCAUCAGACACUGGCAGGCCUCAGCUCACCGCCUGCCAACAUCACCACAUCAGCCGUCCCCAGCAUUGUCACUCCUAUCGUCAACGGCUUUACCAGCAUCCCUCACCAGCCCAACGGACACCCUGCGGUCGAGGCCGUGUACACCAACGGACUGCCCCCGUACUCCACCCAAAGCCCCACGGCUGCGGACACCCUACAACAGGCCUUCACCGGGGUGCAGCAGUAUACAGCCAUCUACCCAGCGACCACACUGACCCCUAUUGGCCAAAGCUUGCCACAGCCACCGCAAGUCAUUCAACAGCAGCAGCAGAGAGAAGGUGAGGGACCAGAGGGCUGCAACCUCUUCAUCUACCAUCUACCACAGGAAUUUGGCGACAAUGAGCUCAUGCAGAUGUUCCUUCCAUUUGGUACAGUCAUCUCCUCCAAGGUCUUCAUGGACAGAGCCACCAACCAGAGCAAAUGUUUUGGCUUCGUGAGCUUCGACAACCCAGCAAGUGCACAGGCUGCUAUCCAGGCCAUGAACGGCUUUCAGAUCGGCAUGAAGAGGUUGAAAGUGCAGUUAAAACGGCCGAAGGAUGCAAGCCGCCCGUACUGACAGGGCCCAACCCACACAGGGCUCUCAGCAACAGCACAGGAUUUGAGGAGUGAAAUCUCAAAAGGAAUUUAACUUUUUCUUUCAAAACAAACAAGAACAACAUGAAUGGAUUUUUUUGAAGACAUAUCAGCAUUUAUUUUACAAAGAUGUUCGGUAGAGAGGAGGGGUUGCAGGUGAACCGGCACCCGUGGAAAAACCACACUCGGCACAGCGCACGAAAGACAAGUGGAAGAUCUCUCUAAAGACAGAGAACUCAACACGUCCUGUCUCUCGCUGAGCUUCGAACCGUCAGUCAAGCAACAAACAAAAAGAAAAAAAUGAGUGAGAACAACUUCGAUUUCUAUAUACAUAUUAUACACACAUAUGCUAUUUAAAGGAAGAGGCGCUUAUGGCUUUUAUUACACUGGACAAAUGAGGGUUAAACUUGAAGACCAAGGAUAAAAUGCAGUGGAAAAAAAAAAAAGCUCUUCUUGUCCCGCUAGUGGACUUUCUUUCUCUUUUCCUCCUCCUUUUCUUCUGUCACCGUCUUUCAGCAAACGCAGGACAUUCUGUGGUCACAGAGGUUUCCAUGCCCUCAGUGAAACUGAAAAAUCUUUCACCCCAAAGGGACCAAAGGACCAAACAUUUUUAUUCCUCAACAGAAAUAUAUGGUAUUAAUAACAAUACUAAUACUACAAACUACUACUAACGACAUAAGUUUAAAGAAAAAAGCAUAAAUAUUCGCUUCAGGUCGGAAGAGGAAAGGGAUUUUGAUUUCUUUUCCUUUUACAUUUAUAGCUACUGGGUUUCAGAAUAUUUAAACAAAAUAGAAAAAAAAGAAGAAAAAAAAAAGUAUUUUAAAAGCUAUACUAUUUUAGUGGAGUAGAAUAUGUGGAUUGGAGAUUGUUAGGAGCAUGUUCAACCAUUUUCAUCCAUGAAGAAAAAACAAAGGGGUGGGGAAGUUGUCCAUAAUUCAUCCAUGUCACAAAUACGCCCAUAUUCCAGAGAACAAAUGCUGAGUAUAACUAUAUAUGCAUGUGCAAAGUGUUGCUGGUUUAGCAAAUCCUUGGGUAGAUAUUCAAUACACACAAACAAACAAACAUAUUUAUCUGAUGAAAGCUUUACUUAUCGAGCAGAAUAAGUAUCUGUGGCUUCAACGAAAACUAUCCGCAAUAUAACAGCUGUACCAUUGCACAGGUAAAUAAUACAAAAACACAGUUAGCACUUGACAGGGAUGGGAGUUUUUUGGUUUUUUUAUUUACCACUUUAGUGAUUUUUCAACUGAAGCAGGUCUAGUUUGAUUUCAUCUGGUCUGCUGUCAUGCUUUGUGAAGUGACGCUUAGCUUUACUGUUACGAGGAACCAGUAGACGUUUCAUAUCAUCCGUUUUGUGUCAACGUAUUCAUCAAACAGUUGGUGCCAAAUGCUGAAUAUCAACUGAUAAAGCACAUUGGUAAUUAAACCAAGCCUUAAACCCUUAAACAGCCCACAAAAUGAGGUUCAUAACAGACCUACCGAAGGGACAAACUUGUUAUUGCUUACAACCUCUGAAGCACAUCAGAAUUUACAGGGACCAUCUUGCAGCAUCAAACUAAUAAUCAAGUUUAGCCUCAGAAACCUGCACAAUCGAUUCCACAUUGACGUUUGCGGAGUUCAUUUCGCUAAUAAAUGAGUUUAAGUUAUAGAAAGUGCUGGGGGACGACUCGUUGGAUCUGCGAACAACCCAUAUUUCUAAGAAUACGCUUCUCAGGCUGGUACGGAUUAGCUUGACGCUAACUGUCUGCAAAGGUCUAAUGAGCAGCCUGUAAAGAGCUCACGAACAGCUUGCAAAUAGCAGCCAUGGGGGGUUACAGUUGGAGCAAACUGAUCCAUCAAUAAAAAAGCCACCGAGUCUGACAUUAUGGUGUACUUAACCGCAGCUGUUGCUUUGCUCUCAGACAAGUCACAAAUAUACACAACUCUAAAGCGCUUGACAAGAAUCUUAAAGACCAUGUGAAAUCAAAAUUUCAAGAGUUUUGUCAUGCUUAGUUUGUGUGUUAGCUCUGAAGCUAAUGCUAGCUGACAAAACCAAAGGUCACUGUACACUGUGUCCGAAAUUUUUGUAUGUGUUUUUUCCGUUUUUUUUCAUAUUUGUCAUCCUUUCCUAUCAAAACACUUGCUUAUCAGAUGCGAAAACGCAGAAAAUCGAACAUGACACAAACUUUUUUAUGACGGACAAAAAUUUUGGAGGCAUUGUGUAAACGUGAUUGACACAACGUGAGGUCGUAUUUAUUUUUUAACAUGCGAAAAUUUUGGACGAAAAUGUGCAAUGACCUUAACACAUAAAAUGUAAAAUUUUCAGUCUUCUGGUAAAACGGACCAGUCAAAAGCUGUAGAAUGAAGUCAGAAUUAGUAGAUAUUUGUUAGCUUCAAUGCUAAUUGACCCUUCGUAAAACCCAAAAAUAUGUCGCGGAGCAAACAAGAAACUGACAACACGCCAACAGAUAAGACAGAGCAGGUUACUUCUGGUAUUAAACAAGGUCUUAGCUUUAAAAUGUUGUCAUUUUUUAAGAAAUUCAAACAAUAAAUUCCGUUUUGUGGCACUUUAAUGUGACAGAUCAUUGUGUUACCUUAUUAGAUCAAUGACACGUGAACCAACUGUCUUCUUUACUUAAAGUACGAAAAAAAAAAUGAAAUCAGAACAUCAGAACGUAUUUUAUUUCAACUGCGGAAAGACGUCAUAAUGUUUGAAGUCCACCAAAGUUAAUCUACUCUUCUGUCUGAUUUGUUUGUCGGAAAGAAUGGCGGAUUCGGCAUUAUGAUUGGUCAGAUCGCCUGUCAAUCAAGCUGUUUGCGAAGGGUUAAUUGGUGGAAAUUUGUUAGCUUUGCCAAUUCUGGUGUACCAGAUAGACAAAAUUACACAUUUAAUUUGUCGUCUUUCAUUUUUCGCUACUUGGAAAACGGACAAAAAAAUACCAAUUUUUGUCCAAUCAGAUGCUCCAUUAAUACUACUGUACUUGCAAGUAACUACACAGCAAGAGGUUUAGUUAAUCAUUUUUUACUUCCUUACGUCCUUUUGUGUUUUGUCUCGUCAAAGAUUUAUUUUUAGACAUUUUAAAUGGAAAAUUAGACAAGAGUAGCGUUUUUGCAGAGUAAUAAGUAGCACAUUAUGGCUGUAAUGUAAAUUAAAGGCUAUUGCCUAUUUAAAGGAGAAGUUUACUUUCAAUACAAAAAUUUACAGAUAAUUUACUUACCCCCUUGUCAUCAAAGAUGUUCAUGUCUUUCUGUCUUCAGUUGUAAAGAAAUUAUGUUUUUUGAGGGAAAACAUUUCAGGAUUUCUCUUCAUAUAGUGGAUCCUUAUGGUGCCCCUGAGUUUGAACUUCCAAAAUGCAGUUUAAAUGCAGCUUCAAAAGACUCUAAACGAUCCCAGCCGAGGAAAAAUGGUCACUUUGUAAACACUAGUACUUCUGCGGCGAUAAAAGCCAAUUUUGAUGUUGGAGGAAAAAAUGAGAUGGGAAUUUUUCGACAUAACCUAACUGUAUUGACCCGGAUUACACAGACUACACAUGCGCGUCGCAGAGCUAGACAAGAUGAUCAUUUGAAGUUAAAAAAUAUAAAUUGUACAUUUGCAUAUAAACAGUUUAUUUUUUUUAGAAAAUAACCAAUCGUUUCACUAGAUAAGACCCUUCUUCCUCCGCUGGGAUCGUUUAGAGCUCCUUGAAGCUGCAUUUAAACUACAUUUUGGAAGUUCAAACUGGCAGGCACCAUAGAAGUCCACUAUAUGGAGAACAUUCCUGAAAUGUUUUCCUCAGGAAACAUAAUUUCUUUACGACUGAAGAAGAAUGACAUGAACAUCUUGGAUGACAAGGGGUUGAGUAAAUUAUCUUAAAGUUUUUGUUCUGGAAGUGAAGUUUUUUAAAAUAAGUUGCCAUGCCCCGACUUCCUGUUUCAAUGCAUCAACUCGUCAAAUGAUUUCACAGGGUCUUUAACGAUUAAAUAAACAGUAUUUUUGAAAGAAGUUGUUUUCCUAUGCAUUUAAAAUUCUAGUUUGCCUUUUUCGUACAUUUUUACAUUCUAUCCACGCUGCCGUUACGCUACUCUCAGCGUUUGCCAACUCACCAACUCCGCACUACCUUCACAGAAAUGCCAAAACUACAGAUAAUAUAGUGACACAGAAGUACAGGAAGUUCAGGUCCUCGCAGAAUUCACAAAUAAACAGAAAUAGAUGCAAAAACAGAGCUCUAGAAUCUAGGUAGGACAGAAAAGCACAUGUUUUGACCUCAUUUGAUUUCCACUGUGGAUAUUUGACCUGUUUGUCUUACCUAAAAAUAUAUCUGUAUGUUAAAUGUUUAAUCUCGCAGACGUCAGAAAUAAGUUUUGCCGGAAAACAUUAACGUCGCCCGUAUAUCACGGCCGUUUUUUUAGCCUCAGGUCGCGCCGAAAUGGAUCGCAUUCGAUUCACAGGUUAUAAUGGCCUUUUUCUGCUGAACUCUCUCCAUUUCAUCUUCCCUCUCCUGUCCUGUGGUGGCAUAUCAGAACGUGGUGAUAUACAGACACGCAGCCCUCGGGCAUCGGCGCUCUAAUAACCUCAUGUUGCAGGGGCCUUCCUCACAGAAUCUCUCCAUGCCAGAUGUGAAUUAUUAAAAUCAAAUUAAAUUUGGCCUGCAUGUAAAAGCAAGUGUAAUACAAAUUAAAAAUGGCAACUAGUGCCUGAAGUUUAAUAAGUUUGAAGGAUGAUAUCAUUACAGCUUGAAAGAAAAAAAAUGAGAUUGGAAAGGCAUAUAAAAUGAAACUUGAUGUGUUGAAAGGUGAACUGACGGCGUUAAUACAAAUUGCGUUUGCGCCAGAAACGGGGUGGGGGGUGGGCAGGGGGGCGUUUUGCACUACAGGUAUUUCUGAAGAAACCAGACCACCAGCAUUUCAUACUUGCUUUCUUCUCAUUCAAACCACGUUCACGUUUCGUUCCUCAGAUCUUCAUGCCGAACUUUGAUCUGUGAGCAUGCUCAAGGGGGGAAAGGGUGGGAAAGCUUCAGGGGGUUAAAGUGUUAUAAAGGUACUACUCAUAUUAACAAUAUGAUUCUUUAACUAUGGUUUGUAUGCUAAGGAAAGUAGCUUAUUAUAGAUACGAAAUCUGUAUAUUAGGGAACAGCAGCACAUUUCUCAGAUUCUAUGGGGGAAAGUAGUCGGUGGGCGGGUGGGUUUCGGGGUGGGGUGGGUUUUUUGCUUUAUAAAGAUCAUGUUAAAGUUCUGGUUUUCUCAGCACAAAGCGUAAGGAAAUAUAUAUCAAGAGUAUUGAUUUUGCUGUGUGAAAUGUGCAGUGGGAGAGCCAGGCACUCCCUGCGCUGUUCUUUAAAGCCUGGAUGAGACAAUGCUGUUUACAGUUGUUUUUGGUUUUCUUGUUAAUGUUCGUUGUUUUCUUUUGAUAUUUUUGGAGAAAAGAGGACGAGAGGUACACCAUCUAUCUCUGCGAUGUGAUUGGUGUGGCAUGAACAACUGAAAUGGACAGUGUUUCUGUUUAUUUGUUUUCCUUCCUUUCUUUCUUUUUUUGAGACAGAGAAGACAUGUCCAAGACAAAUGCCUGAGAAACCAAACAUCCUGUUGACAUUUCUCAAAUACUUGCUGCUUACAUUAUUUUACGGUUAUGCCUACUCAUCUAAUGAUUUGCAGAUUAAUUUAUGAACAUGGUUAUUUAAUUAUUUAUUUAUUUAAUUAUUUAUUUAUUUAUUUAUUCCUGACAACAAUCUGUUUAUGAAUCGCCUAUUUAUUGGUUCUGUUUAGAAAAAUGUAUGCAUCGAAAAGAAACGCUUAAUGGGCUUCUCUCUUUCUCUCUCUUUUUUUCAA